AUGCUGAACGCCUGUAGAUGGGCUCCGAUCACGGACCCCGAUCCAACGACAUGUGGUAUCCCGCAAGAAUACGACGCUUCUAAGGAGUUCGCGGGCAAGAAAGUUGUCCUCGUCUCCGUACCUGGCGCCUUCACUCCUAGCUGUUCCUCCUGGCACAUCCCACCGUUCAUUGCGCGGAUCGACGAAUUGACGGCCAAGGGCGUGGACUUCGUGGUGGUCAUUGCUAGCAACGACAGCUGGGUCAUGAAUGCUUGGGGUAAAGUCAACGGAGUGAAAGGUGACAGCAAGAUCAUGUUCAUGAGCGACACCAAGUCCGUCUUCUACAAGAACCACGGCUGGGACGCUGGUCCUGGUCGGGCUGAUCGCAGUCAUCGAUGGGUGAUGGUGAUCGAGCGAGAUGGCACUGUGUCUGUCGCUGAUGUCGAGAAGACAACGAAAGAUGUGGAUGUCACAAGCGUCGACGCUGUGCUUUCCAAGCUCUCAGGCUAG